GUGGAGAAUGAUGCAGAGGCACUGCAGCUGCAGUCCACAGUCACGGAGCAAGAUGCUAGUGCUGUGUUCGACCGUGUGUUUUCACUGGCCUUGCUGUCCUCUUCGGGCGUCGAAGUCGCAGAUCUUACGAAGACGCGCAUGAUCCGCGACAUCUUGUACAUCAUUGACAAGCCAGAUGGGACGCAAGUCUCCGUGGUCCGGGACAACAGCAGCAACGAUACUGGCAACGAUACGGGCAAUGAGACAGGCGGCGACGAUGAGGACGACUUCAUUGGCUCGCCA